UGGUUCUUCUUCUUUUUAAUCCUCGUGAAUUUGUUCUACAGGUUCUGAAAAAGAAACCCAGCGUUAUCAGGGAUUCUUAUUCAUUCUAUUUCUACAUCUUUCAAGCGGGUCGCUAUGGCUUUCAGAGCCCAUAAGUUGAGUGGGCUCCACCGUUCUCUAAGAAAAGUUGUUUAAACGCUUUGCUCUGUAAGCACCAGCAGAGAACUCAUAAAAACGGAAGACAGUAACAGAUGCAAUCACGGAUGUGGCUUUAGUUCUUUCAGCCACCCCAGAGAGCUGUUCUGAGCAGACAGUCCUCAGCAAUGAAUCCAGAAGAGCGCAUCGUGACAUGGCUUAUAUCCUUGGGGGUUUUAGAUUCCCCCAAAAAGACCAUCUGUGAUCCGGAGGAGUUCUUGAAGUCUUCGCUGAAAAAUGGGGUAGUGCUGUGCAAACUCAUCAACAGACUCAGGCCUGGCUCUCUAGAAAAGUUCUGUUUGGAGCCGCAAACCGAAGCUGACUGUCUCAACAACAUCAGUGACUUCCUGAAAGGAUGUGCAGCCCUUCAGGUGGAGGUGUUUGAGCCUGAUGACCUUUAUUCAGGGGUCAAUUUCUCCAAGGUUCUGAGCACUCUUUUAGCUGUCAACAGAGCAACAGAAGAUCAGCUAUCAGAAAGACCAUGUGGACGUUCCUCUUCUCUUAGUGCUGCUCACGGUUCUCAGACGAGCCCCCAGGGCGCGGGUGUUAACGCAGCUACAGGGUUGCAAAGACAGUCAAAGGCAGUGGAGAUGACGGAAAAUGGAGGCCACCAGUUGAUAGUAAAGGCAAGAUUCAACUUUAAACAGACUAAUGAAGAUGAACUGUCAGUUUGUAAAGGGGACAUCAUUUAUGUCACCAGAGUUGAAGAAGGAGGCUGGUGGGAAGGCACAUUAAACGGCAGAACAGGCUGGUUCCCUAGUAAUUAUGUCCGAGAAAUUAAAUCCAGUGAGAGACCCCUCUCCCCCAAGGCUGGCAAAGGAUUCGAGACUACUCCACUUACCAAGAACUAUUAUACUGUGGUGUUACAGAAUAUUCUGGACACUGAAAAGGAUUAUGCUAAAGAACUUCAGUCUCUACUUGUCACUUACUUAAGACCCCUGCAGGCCAAUAACAAUCUGAGUACUGUGGAGUUUACAUCUUUAGUGGGGAACUUCGAGGAGGUAUGCUCAUUUCAACAGACUCUCUGCCAAGCCUUGGAAGAAUGUUCAAAGUUUCCAGAAAACCAACACAAAGUAGGGGGUUGUCUACUGAACCUCAUGCCUCAUUUUAAAUCUAUGUAUCUGGCUUACUGUGCGAAUCACCCUUCGGCCGUCAAUGUACUCACGCAGCACAGUGAUGAUCUGGAACAGUUUAUGGAAAGUCAAGGUGCCUCCAGCCCAGGUAUCCUCAUUUUAACAACCAGCCUCAGCAAACCGUUCAUGCGACUGGAAAAGUACGUUACUCUGUUGCAGGAGUUGGAACGGCAUAUGGAGGAUACGCAUCCAGAUCAUCAGGAUAUUCUGAAAGCAAUCGUGGCAUUCAAAACUCUCAUGGGUCAAUGCCAAGAUCUAAGGAAGAGAAAACAGCUGGAGUUGCAGAUACUUUCUGAACCGAUCCAGGCAUGGGAAGGAGAGAACAUUAAGACGCUGGGGAAUGUUCUGUUUAUGUCGCAAGUCAUGGUGCAGUAUGGAACCUGCGAGGAAAAAGAGGAGCGGUACCUCAUGUUGUUUUCAAGUGUCUUGAUAAUGUUAUCUGCAAGUCCUCGGAUGAGUGGCUUUAUCUAUCAGGGAAAAAUACCAGUCCCGGGGAUCAUGGUGACUAGAUUAGAUGACAUCGAAGGAAAUGACUGCACAUUCGAAAUCACAGGUAACAUGAUGGAGAGGCUUGUGGUGCACUGCAGCAAUGGCCAGGACUUCCAGGAGUGGCUAGAGCAGCUGGGCAGACUGACCAGGGGACCUCCUUCUUGCAGCUCGAUAUCCAAAACAUCGUCUUCUUCUUCUGGUGCUCAUUCCUCUUUUAGCUCUACUGGACAGCCCCGAGGACCCUUGGAGCCUCCGCAAAUUAUAAAACCGUGGAGUUUAAGUUGUCUGCGACCCGCACCUCCACUUAGACCAUCAGCAGCACUAGGUUAUAAAGAGAGGAUGUCUUAUAUCUUAAAGGAGUCUAGUAAGAGCCCCAAAACGAUGAAGAAGUUUCUUCAUAAAAGAAAGACGGAAAGAAAACCAUCGGAGGAGGAGUACGUGAUUCGGAAAAGUACGGCUGCCCUGGAAGAAGACGCUCAGAUCCUUAAGGUGAUCGAAGCCUACUGUACCAGCGCAAACUUUCAGCAAGGCCACGGCUCAAGUGCUCGCAAAGAUUCGCUUCCACAGGUCUUACUCCCCGAGGAAGAGAAGCUCAUCAUUGAAGAAACCAGGAGCAAUGGGCAGACCAUCAUUGAAGAAAAGAGUCUUGUCGAUACUGUUUAUGCCUUGAAGGAUGAGGUCAAAGAACUGAAACAGGAAAACAAAAGAAUGAAGCAGUACCUGGAAGAAGAAUUGAAAUCAAGGAGGGACCUAGAAAAGCUGGUCCGGAGGCUGUUGAAGCAAACUGAUGAGUGUAUUCGGGCCGAGCCCAGUAGCAAGACCUCCAUUCUUCCAUAAAACCAUCACUGUGCAGCUGGGCAGAUGUGCCUUUGGGGCAUCUUGAAAUGUCCAGCUUCAAAUGAUCUGUUUGUUCACUUCUUUGGUUUUUAUUUUGUAUCUGGGUCACUCUUUCUCUCUCUCUCUCUCUCUCUCUCUCUCUCUCUCUCUCUCUCUCUCCUUUGCUUUCUCUCUCUGUCUCUCUGUUUGCUUGAGUGUUGGUUGUUUGGCUAUUGGUUGGUUGUUUUGUUUUUGACAGGGGUAAGAGCCAGAGGUGGUGGCAGAAGUCUCCCCAGAGUCUUUUCCAUUCGAUCUGAAAAGGGAAACCAGUGUAGGCGACUGACUUCAAUGAUCUUCAGAUGAGUUCAAUUCAUAGUACCUCUUCACCAGCCAUUACCCUUGGGUCACUCUUUUGAGGCCGGCUACCAUAUCAAAGUGGCUGGCCGUGGCUUAGUAAAUAUGAACUUGACUCUUUCUCUAAUGCUUUCUUGUAUCUGGAAGCCCCUCAGUACCCAAUUUAAUGAAGGCGAAGCCCCUUGAGCUGUGACCAGGGUAGGGUGAAUAAAAGACUAGCACAUUUGCCCAAUGACCCAGCCACCCUCCCUGGGUGAUCAUGUGCCAGCCCUCAUUGCACACUUUUUAUUAUGAUUGUUAUUAUUACUGCCCUGUGUUGUCCAUAAGGCCAAGGAAACGGUAGCACCCUUAUUCCUUUUGUGUGGGUUUACAUUUUAACUCUAUGGGGCAGAGGCCCCGCUCAUCCAAGCUAACACCAGAUCCAUUAGCAAAUUGCACUAGACAAUCUUCCCCUUUCGCAGUGGAGGUGACCAUCUUUUCCCAGUGCAUGGUAGGUUUUUCUCCCUACCCUUCUGCCUCCCGUGUGAGUUUUAUGUCUCCCCAAUGCUUUAAGCCAACCAUACCAAGUGGUGUGUAAACUAGUAUGUGUGCGCUGUGCUUACUUUUAAAAAAAUAUAGACUGUGAGCAGCUCCUUCAUCUACAUUGCAUAUUCAACUUGCGACUUCUCAUCCUUCAAAACCGUCUGCAUCAAGGAAAUAUUGUGCCCUAGUAGACAGCUUUAAUUCACUUUAUUGCUCUCCCAGAUACGCUGUGGGAAGCUGUAAUUGUCCGCAGCCUCUCUGAGUAGGACUUGAAGCAUCAUUUGCAGAAAUGGGCUGUUGGUCCAGUUUGUAUAUCCAGGAAGGAAUAGACCCAUCCAGUGGUUGUGUGCUGCUCACUAGUGAGGCUGAGUAUUUGGAAUGGGUUUGCUGAAGUUCCUCACUGACUCAAACGAUUGCCUUUGUAAGUGUCUCAAAAAUGAGAACUGUGUGAACCCGGUUAGAGGAGGGUCACGGAAGAGCAGAAUACAUCCACAUUUGACACGAUCGAAAGUCGGCAUGAGGCUCCAGCAAGGAGCAGUAUGGCCCGCGCCUCUCUCUCCCAGAGACACGUGCACUUGGGCAGGUGGGGAAGAUCACUGGAAAGAGAGGCAAAGGGCCAAAGGACCAGUCAAGGUUGUGUCUUACAGAUACAUUUGACAGGUGCCUAUACAUGUGGGUUUUGCAAAUGUUGUUUAGAAACCAAACUUGAAGCUUGAACACCCUCAGCUUGCUGAGCUCUUUUUCUUUUUGGUACUGGGGGGCGGGUCUCAAGUUCCCACCGCUACACGGUAGAGGGCUGUUGAGUCCUUGCUGCCCAGCAGAAGCGACGCCAUCCACAGGAAGCGGACUAUGUCCUUGCAGUCCACCGUCUGCUAACCCCACCUAGCCAUCUUUGGAAGCUGCGGAGUGAAGAAGAUUUCUAGAAAUGGCUGUUGUUCUGUGUUUAAGCCCAGCUGUUUAGAUACGCCCCACCUGUGGUUAAUCAACAGCUUGCUGUAAAUGGCGUAAACUAUAUCCGUAGGGAACAUUUUUUUUGUGAUUCUGAAAUCCUUUAGUUGAUAAGGUAUAGGAUUGCUUAAAAUAUUGAGAGGUCUUUAUUUUAAAGUAACGUGUACAUAUGCAUGUGUUUGGAACCUGGCCCUUCUGAGGAGAAGCCUUCAGUACUCUGGGUACUGAAGCUUGUGCAGAGUGGCGUCCGCGCUCACACGUUAAACAAUAAUAUAAAGGAAACGAAGCCAUGUUAACCUGAGAGCAGUGUCUCCAUAGCUGUGUUGUUUACAAUACUCUACCAGUGGGUUCCUGUUACCCUGUAAUUAAACCGCUGCCCUUAGAGGCUUUGUAGCUCCUCUUCCGUCAUGUCCCUUCUUACACGAGCUCCAAUUUUCUAACUUGUUUUUAUUUUGAAGACUUUUAAAAUGGACAUUUUCAAUAAAUAAGAAUAACAAUGCUUUAUAAACUAA